UCCCCGCCUCCCCCGGAGUCCGUUGGGCGCGUGGGCGGUGCGGGUUUUGCCGUUUGCUGAUGCUCUGCCUGUCCGUGCGUCGAGCGCGCCUCACCGGCGGGGGGGUGGAAAAAAGGGAGGGGCGAGUUCGUUAUCCUUUCCUCCGAUCGUUUCUGUCACUUGGACCAUCUGACGGGGGGUCGGGGUGAAGAAACGGUAAAAAAAAUAAUCUCCACCCCACCCACCCACCGCUGCCCGGGCCCGGAGCCUCCGCCGUCGAAUUUCAGCACCUCCCGGGCGGGUUGUAUGUAGCACAGAAAACAGCCAUGAAUCACCUAAGAACAUUGACUGCAAAAUUUAAACCACAGACUGUCAAGAGAUUAACUUGGCACUAUGUAGUCAUGAGGUCGGUAUUUCAGACGAGGCUUUACAGUGUAUCUGGAACUCCAGAACCUUUCCUCAAUGGAAAUCAUUCAAAUUAUCUUGAGGAAAUGUAUUGUGCCUGGCGUGCAAAUCCAAAAAGUGUUCAUGAGUCCUGGGAUAAGUUUUUCCAAGCUUCCAAUGCACCUUCAGACUUGCUGAACAGGCCUUCGGGAAGCCUGCCAGUUGCGGCUCAGACGCAAAACAGAACUCAAACAUCUGCUCAAGCGGCAAAGCUGAUUGAAGAUCAUCUAGCUGUACAGACGUUAAUUAGAGCAUAUCAGAUCCGAGGACAUCAUGUGGCUCAGCUGGAUCCAUUGGGAAUUCUGGAUGCAGACUUGGACUCGUGUGUUCCAUUUGAUCUAAUCACUUCAAUGGAUAAACUUGGUAUUUAUGGACUGCAUGAGUCUGAUCUGGAUAAGGUUUUUCGAUUACCUACGACAACCUUCAUUGGAGGAAAUGAACCUGCAAUCUCAUUACGUGAAAUCCUAAAACGUUUGGAGAACACUUACUGCAGACACAUUGGCUUGGAGUUCAUGUUUAUAAAUGAUGUGGAACAAUGCCAAUGGAUCAGACAAAAGUUUGAAACUCCAGGUAUCUUAAAAUUUACUAACCAGGAGAAAAAAAGGCUGUUGGCUCGGCUGGUCCGUUCAACAAGGUUUGAAGAAUUUCUUGCAAGAAAAUGGUCUUCUGAGAAGCGGUUUGGUGUGGAAGGAUGUGAGGUAUUAAUUCCGGCUUUGAAAACCAUCAUUGAUGUAUCUAUUGCCAAGGAAGUGGACCAUGUGAUUAUGGGAAUGCCACACAGAGGCCGGUUGAAUGUGUUGGCCAAUGUAAUCCGGAAGGAUUUAGAGCAAAUUUUCUGCCAGUUUGAUCCAAAGCUGGAAGCUUCAGAGGAGGGAUCAGGAGAUGUUAAGUAUCAUCUGGGGGUUUACCAUGAAAGGAUCAACCGAACAAAUAACAAACACAUUACCAUGUCACUUAUGGCAAAUCCAUCACACCUUGAAGCAGUGAAUCCAGUCGUACAGGGAAAAACUAAAGCAGUGCAGUUCUACCGCGGGGACACCAAAGGCAAAACGGUUAUGUCCAUCCUUCUACAUGGUGAUGCUGCUUUUGCAGGGCAGGGUAUUGUGUAUGAGACAAUUCAUCUCAGUGACCUCCCAUCCUAUACUACACAUGGUACUAUCCAUGUGGUUGUUAAUAAUCAGAUUGGGUUUACUACAGAUCCUCGCAUGGCGCGCUCAUCUCCAUAUCCAACCGAUGUUGCACGUGUUGUGAAUGCGCCUAUCUUUCAUGUAAAUAGUGAUGACCCAGAAGCAGUGAUAUAUGUCUGUAAAGUAGCUGCAGAGUGGAGGAGCACAUUCAAUAAGGAUGUUGUAGUUGACCUGGUUUGCUAUCGUAAAAGGGGACACAAUGAAAUGGAUGAGCCAAUGUUCACUCAGCCACUGAUGUACAAGCAGAUCCAACAGCAAGCAUCUGUUCUGAAGAAAUAUGCAGAUAAAUUGAUAUCUGAAGGAGUUCUGACACUGCAGGAGUAUGAGGAGGAAGUAGCAGACUAUGACAGAAUUUGUGAGGAAGCCUUUACCAGAGCAAAGGAUGAGAAAAUUCUGGAAAUCAAAGAAUGGCUAGAUUCCCCUUGGCCAGGUUUCUUUACUCAAAGUGGAGAGCCAAAGAGUUUGACUUGCGCCUCCACUGGUGUUUCUGGAGAAGUCCUCCAGCAUAUUGGGAAUGGAGCCAGCUCAGUGCCAGUAAAGGAUUUUACCAUUCAUUCAGGUUUGUCUCGUAUCCUGAGGGGGCGAGCAGAGAUGGUCAAGAAUCAAAUGGUUGAUUGGGCAUUGGCAGAGUAUAUGGCAUUUGGUUCUUUGCUGAAAGAAGGAAUACACGUAAGGCUAAGUGGACAAGAUGUUGAGCGAGGCACCUUCAGCCAUCGUCAUCAUGUAUUACAUGAUCAAGAUGUAGAUAAAAAGACUUGCAUCCCCAUGAACCAUUUGUGGCCAGACCAAGCUCCUUACACUGUUUGCAACAGCUCACUUUCUGAGUUUGGUGUGUUAGGCUUUGAACUUGGAUUCGCAAUGGCUAACCCUAAUGCUUUGGUGUGUUGGGAAGCUCAAUUUGGUGAUUUUAACAACACUGCACAGUGCAUUCUGGAUCAGUUCAUAAGCUCAGGCCAAACAAAGUGGGUUAGACACAAUGGAAUUGUGCUGCUUCUGCCUCACGGAAUGGAAGGGAUGGGUCCAGAGCACUCUUCAGCCAGACCAGAACGAUUCCUACAGAUGUGCAAUGAAGAUUCAGAUGUCUAUCCUGAAUAUACUGAAGAAUUCGAAGUAAAGCAACUGUUUGACUGCAAUUGGAUUAUAGUAAACUGCUCCACACCAGCAAACUACUUUCACGUGUUGAGAAGGCAGAUUCUGCUACCAUUUAGAAAGCCGUUAAUAAUCCUCACGCCAAAAUCCCUGCUAAGACAUCCAGACGCCAGGUCCCAUUUUGAUGAAAUGAAAACAGGCACAGCAUUCCAACGUAUCAUUCCUGACGAAGGGCUAGCAGCUCAAAAUCCAGAUGAUGUGAAGAGGCUGAUUUUCUGCACAGGCAAAGUUUACUAUGAGCUUGCAAAAGAAAGGAUAAACAGAAAAAUGGAGAAGGAGGUGGCUAUCAUUAGAUUGGAACAGAUAUCACCAUUCCCCUUUGAUAUGUUAAAAAUGGAAAUUGUCAAAUAUCCUAAUGCUGAGCUCAUUUGGUGCCAAGAAGAGCACAAAAACAUUGGCUACUAUGACUAUGUUAGGCCUCGUUUCAGACUGACGGUACAGUUCAAAAGGCCUAUUUGGUAUGUUGGACGUGACCCUUCAGCAGCCCCUGCCACAGGUAAUAAGAACACUCACCUCACAGAGCUGCAGGACAUAUUGGACACAUCUUUCAAUCUUCAAGCUUUUGGGGGCAUGGCAUUUUAGAUUGAAUGAAACCAAUCUUUAUGAACACACAGUUGGCUGUCAUUUUAGAGAAAUGCACUUCUUAAACUGCUGGCAAAUACUGCCCAAACAAUCUGUUCAUUUCUCAUGUUUUCCCCAUCACUAACAUUUAUGAUAUCAAUAAGGUCUUAUGUAUGUUUUUUUCUUGGGUGGUUUUGCAAGUAAACUGCAUAUUUUAAACUUUUUUUUAACACAGUAAUGUUUAACUAAAAUAUGAACAUGAAAGUUGAGUAUGAGAAGACAAAAAUAUACUGUUCAGUCAUUUUAUGCACAAUAAUCAAUUCUGUUCAGGCAAGGUAUCAAAAAAUGUAUUGAGGGAUUUAUUCAGUUUUCCUCUCCUUUAUGAUUUUGCAAGGCACACACUUUUGUGGUACUUAAUGAAAUAAAGUAUUGUAAUGCAACUGCUCUGUUUUCUUGAGAAAUACAGUACAUUUAGUUAUGCUUGUAAUUAAGAAAGAAAAAAGACACCAUGUAUAGAUGAUUCAUGAUGAACAAAAAUCAAUUACAGUAGCUAGUUCCUCACUAAAUGCCAACACAGGGACAGUGGAAAACACUCAGUGAAUCACAAUUAGAACCUUUGUCAGUACAUAAUGAGAGACACUGACUUGAUGUUUAAUCCUAUAGGUUACUAGCUUUUGUUAUUGAUUUUGUUAAUCUACAAACAAAAGAAAUAUUUUCUCCUGAGAGAGGUGGGAGUUUAUUGGAAAAAUAGAGCAUGAUAAUUUAAGGAUUUUUUCAGUAGAAGACAUUUUUCUUAUCCCACACCAUGUCCCACUUCUCUACCACCCCAGUCAGCCAGGAAGUAAAUUAGGACCAUGCAGUAAACUUUCAGAAUUUAGCUUUCACUCGUAGAAAUGUAUGUUGAGACAACAUAUCACUGUCUUAAAUUGGGAAUUGCAGUUUUUAUUCUGCAAGUGACAUUUAUCACAUCUAUAAUAAAAUCAAAAAUAUUCAAGAUCAUCUUUGCUUGUGGAAGAAAUUCAGUAUUAGAUUUUUCACCAGCCACCAUUCUAUUUAAAUAUAUUUUUCAGAUCAAACUGUUUGAAUGAGCUUUUGUAAAAUCAAAAUAGCAAUAGAAAACGGCUGCACAUUUAGGGAAAAUUUCUGCUGGUUUUACCAAUGAGGCACUGAUUAUCUUUCAUUAAUAUACAAAACAUUUUAGACUUGUAUUUAAACAUGGUGGAAUCAUUCAAUAUUAUUCAAUAUAGGCAACUGUUAGAUUUCUAAGUUCAUUAGACCAUACUUGCACUCUUAUGUUUUGAGAUUCAAACCAAAUUGAAGUACAAGGAGUUCCUGAAUGUAUAUCCAUCAUUUUUCUUAUUAUUGAGGUUAAUUGGUGACUGUUGAACCUGUGACGAUAUUGUGGCUUUAAGAGCUGUAUUUUGUCCUGGGUAUUUUUUCAUGGAGAGGGAUUGAGACAGAUCUGCUCAAAGCCAAUAAGGUAAAUAGCUUUUGAGGUCUUGGAUUUUUUAAAAGUUUUUUUUUAAAGUGAUGGACAUUGUUUACUUGGACUUUAGUAAAGCGUUUGACACAAUUCUACAUGGUAGACUGAUUAGUCAAAGUGGAUCACAUGAGCUUCAGGGUGAGCUUGUGAAUUAGAUAUGAAAUUGACAUACCAGCAGAAGACAGAGAGUGAUGAUGGUAGGUCGUUCUUCAGACUGGAGGCCUGUGAUCGGCAGUGUUCCACAGGGAUUGGUGCUAGGUCCACCUUUGUUUGUGAUAAAUAUCAGUGACUCAGGUGAGAAUAUAGAAAGCGUUGUUAGUAAGUUUGCAGAUGACACCAUGAUUGAUGGCAUUGUUGGCAGUGAAGAAGGUUAUGUAAGAUUACAAAAAGAUCUUGAUCAAUUCGCUCAAUGGGCUGAGGAGAGGCAAAUGAAAUUUAAUUUGAAUAAAUGUGAGGCAUUGCAUUUUGGUAAAAGAAACAAAGGCAAGACUUAUACAAUUAAAAGUAGGGCCAUGGAUAGUGUUGUUGAAAGAGAGACCUAGGGAGUUCAGGUACAUAAUUCUUUUGAUGUUUGCAUCAAAUAUAGAUAAGGAGGUUAAGAAGGCAUUUAGCAUGUUUGCCUUCAUUGCUCAGAGCCUUGAGAAUAGGAGUUAGAGCGUUAUGCUGAGGUUGACAGGAUGUUGGUGAGGCCUCUUCUUGAGUAGUGUCCAAUUCUGGUCUCCCCGUUUCAGGAAGGAUAUUAUUAAGCUAGAGGAGAUUCAGAAGAGAUUUACCAGAAUGUUGCUGGGAAUGGAGGGUUUGAAUUAUAAGGAUAGGCUAAAUAAGCUGGGACUUUUUUCACUGGAGCAUAAGAGGUUGAGAAGGGACCCUGUAGAGAUUUAUAAAAUAAUGAGGUGGACCGAUAACAUGAAUAGCAGUUUUCCUUUCCCUAGGAUGAGGAAUUUUAAGUUGAGUGGAGAAAGAUUUGAAAAAGAUAUAAGGGGCAAUCAUUUUGCACAGAAGACUAGUUCAUGAGUGGGAUGAACUUCCAGAGCAAGUGAUGGAUGUGGGAACAGUUACAACAUAUAAAGACAUUUAGAUAAGUACAUGAAUAAGUAAGAUUUGGAGGGAUAUGGGUCAAGUACAUACAGGUGAGACUAGAUUAAUUUGGAAUUGUGGUCAGCAUGGAUCAGUUGGCCCGAAGGGUCUGUUUCUGUGCUGUAUGACUCUGUGACUCUAUAACAAUAAGAGCAGCCUGAAUGGGUAGGGUCAAGCUUGCACAGAAGCAGGAUUUUUACUUUUAGCUUUCAGCAGUUGCUGGGGUUUUGAAGGUGGAUGUGGAAGCUCUUAGUCCCCUCUCUGUUACAGCGAAAAUCUGGGGUUCUCUUCCUGUUGCUAGAAUUGCAUGUCAGGCAAUCUAUUUUACUGAAUUUGCCUUUGCCAAGGUUCUGUUUAUGGGAUGUUACUAUAUUGGAACAUUGGACUACUAUAUUAAUUAGUAGUAGUUAAUAUAUACGUUAUUUUGCUAAGCAUUUCAAUAAAGUUACAGUUAAGCCAAUUCAUAGCUUUUAUUUUUAUUUUGUCUGUAUUUUAACAGUAGUGUAAAAAUAAAAUGUGUUUUUCUUAAA